AUGAAUGUCUUAUUAUCAUCAUUCCAUUUUUUUUUUACAGAUUCUGUGGCUCAGUUUACUCUCAUCCAGGAACCCAGAAUAACCACGUCUCUUGGUGGCAGUGUUCGUUUGUACUGCAGACGUAGUGCUGGUUCUGUAGUUGGUGGUAACUGGCCGCUCUGGGUAUAUCAGGCACCUGGGAGUGUUCCUAAGUAUGUGUCAGGUAGCAAUGGAGGCAGCAAUCAUAAUGUAAAACCUGCAGGAAUUUCUGACCGUUUUACUGGAUCCAUUUCUGCAGGCAUAAGUGUGUUGGACAUCCAUAAUAUACAGACUGCAGAUGACGGAAAUUAUUACUGCACUCUAUGGGCUGGUAGUGCACGCACAGUUCUACAAAAUCAUAUGCAGUGGGACAUUAAUAUCAAGUUCCUCUUUGUUUCUCAUACAUACUUUUUAAUUAACCACUUGCUCUCCUGA